ACGCCCUCGGGCCUCGGUUCAUCGCUUUUGCUGCAAUGGCUCUAAGGCUUCACUUCCGGCCUACGGGCACCGCGGUUGCACUCUGCUCAAAGCUAUCCGCCUCCCGCCGCCUUCCGGCGAGGGACAGAGUCAUAGACUUCGGCAAGCACAAGGGCAGGAUGCUCGGCUCCCUCCCUUCCUCCUACCUCCAGUGGGUCUCCAACAACCUUCGCGCUCGGGACUUCGAGGAGUGGGCUCGAUUGGCGGACGAGGUCCUUCUCGACCCCGUCUACCGCGACCGCCUGGAGUGGGAGGCAGCGGAACGUAUUCUCACCGGGGACACCUGCCGCCGGGGCUCCUCCGGCCCCGCCAAUUCGCCUGUUGCCGACCUAAUCGAGGUCAGCGAGCGCUUCGGUUGGGACAACGACGAUAAGGCCGCGUGGGCUCGCAUCGAUUUCGGGCUCCUGGGAACCUCCAACGGCGGGCGAAUACCCCGCGUCCGGAAAGGCUCCGCCUUGGCCGAACCAGCGAGGAAGUCGAUCGAUCUGGGUGUAAAAUCCAACAUUUCAAGAAGUAAUCCUGAUUUGAGUAAGGGAAAGCAGGGAACCUCCUCCAUGAAUCCGGAAGAUUCCCCCUUGAGAGCAGAUUGGAAGGGAUCUUGCGCUGGGAGCGCUGGUGGUGGAAGAAAGGCAGGGCCUUUGAGCAAGGGACAUCGAUUUACGAUCGAGGGACGAGACGAGGAAGAAAGAGGAAAGGGGGUGGAAAUGGAAGCAGCGGCGAAGACGAGGAACAGAGAGGAAAAUAGGCAGAGGAGACGAUUCAAGAGGGAGCAGCAGCUCCAGAUGGUUCGGAGAGAGGUUGGAGUGGAAGUAGGGGAAGGAAGAGGCAACGCUGUGGACAUGGGCAAAGAGAUUACCAAUCCAUUUCCUGGAAGACGAGCCCUGUUGGAGAAGGCGAGACGAAGACAAUUUGUCGAAUGAUCCUCGCAGUUUCAUUAAUUUGAUGACGAUGAUGAUUUUUUGCAUUAUGUUGCCGUUGGAAUCUUAUGCUGAGUUUACUGUUUAUGGAU